AUGAAAUGGAAUAAAGGUGCAAAAGAAGGCAUUGUCGUCGCUGGAGGUCAAGGUGAAGGGAAGGCUCUGGCACAAUUGUAUCAUCCUGAAGGACUCUUCGUCGAUACGUUGGGUACCAUCUAUGUGGCAGAUUCGUGGAAUGACCGAGUAUUGCGUUGGCCAAAAGGAGCACAACAAGGUACUGUCAUUGUGGGUGGAAAUGGUAAAGGAGCAGGAGCAAAUCAGUUCAACGGCUUCCGUGGUUUGUCCUUCGAUCGACAAGGCAAUCUUUAUGUCGUCGAUCUUCUUAAUCAUCGUGUUCAAUUUUUUUCAAUUCAAUAA